UAGUUGCAUCUUUCUCUAUCCUUCCAUCAUCUUCUUUGCCAAGCUACUUGAACUACUGUACUACUGUUUACUAGUCUUCCCUUCUCCUCCAUCACCAGAUUUAGGUACUCUCUCUCUCUCUCGAUUGUCACUAACCAUGCAUGUGGAUGAAAAUGCUGUAAACAUAAAUACAAAACUUAGCUAGUACUAUCUAUCAAUAUUUUCAAUAAUCAAAAUGGGUUGAUGAAGAAAAAAGAAGAUGCAUGAUAAAAGAUCAAUUGGAACGUGGUUCAUUUUUUCUCAUCAUGGAUACGACAUCGACUUAUCAUAAUUUAGGUUUGGGAAGGACAAGAUCUGAACAAUUGGAAACAUCAAUCGUAAGGACGCCAAGUCAAGCUAGUUUGAGUGAAGCCAGUGAUGGUGGCUCAACCACUCUAGCUAGAAAGACGAGCUUGGGGAAAUUACGAUCAGUGGGAGCUUCACCAGGGCGUAGUAGGACUCACAUAAGGAAGACACGUAGCGUUCAGCUGAAUUUGGCUGAGUUAAGUGGUGGUGCUGGUGCGGCUCUUAGCCGAGCUUCUAGCGGAAGCUUGGGCUUUUCCUUCUCUUUCACUGGCUUCACUGUACCUCCUGAAGACAUCGCCGAUUCACAAGCUUUUAGCGACGAGGAUAUACCUGAAGAUAUUGAAGCUGGUGUGACCAAGAAGGUUCACAUGGAACCCACCUUGCCGAUACAUUUGAAGUUCACAGAUGUUACAUACAAAGUGAUUAUCAAAAAAGUAAGAACAGUUGAGAAGGAUAUACUAAAUGGGAUUACGGGUUCUGCAAGUCCAGGUGAAGUUUUGGCUCUUAUGGGACCUUCUGGGAGUGGAAAGACGACACUUCUUAAUCUGCUCGGUGGGAGAUUGAGAGACCCGUUGACUACAGGAGGUUCAAUUUUCUACAAUGAUCAGCCAUAUUCCAAGUCUCUCAAGCGCAGGAUCGGAUAUGUGACUCAAGAUGACGUUCUGUUUCCUCACCUUACAGUGAGAGAAACAUUGACAUAUGCAGCUCUUCUAAGAUUGCCAAAGACACUGUCGAAACAGGAAAAGGAGGAGCGAGCCAUGGACGUUAUUUGUGAACUUGGACUUGAGAGGUGCCAAGACACCAUGAUAGGAGGCUCCUUUGUCCGAGGAGUUUCAGGUGGAGAGAGGAAGAGAGUGUGUAUUGGAAACGAGAUUAUAAUCAACCCCUCCCUUUUGCUCCUUGAUGAGCCAACCUCUGGCCUGGAUUCAACAACAGCCCUAAGGAUUGUACAGAUGUUACAUGACAUAGCUGAGGCUGGGAAGACAGUGGUUACCACAAUCCAUCAACCAUCCAGCAGACUAUUUCACAAAUUUGAUAAACUGAUCCUACUCGGAAAGGGGAGCUUACUAUAUUAUGGGAAGGCAUCAGAAGCAAUGGACUAUUUCUCAUCCAUAGGGUGUUCACCUCUUAUAGCCAUGAAUCCAGCAGAAUUUUUGCUAGACCUUGCAAAUGGAAAUGUAAACGAUGUUUCUGUACCAUCAGAAUUAGAAGAUAAAGUUGAGAUGGGUAACUUGGAAACGCAAACUAGGAAGGGGAAGCCUUCUCCAGCAUUUGUACAUGAGUACCUGGUAGAAGCUUAUGACACUAGAGUUGCUGACAAAGAAAAGAAGAAACUGAUGGUGCCGGAUCGCAUCGACGAAGAUUUGAAAGCGCAAUUGGCUUCUCCAAAGAGAGAAUGGGGUGCAAGCUGGUGGCAACAGUUCUCCAUUCUAUUCCAAAGAGGUCUCAAAGAAAGGCGGCAUGAUUACUUGAGCUGGUUAAGAAUAACUCAAGUUAUCUCCACUGCAAUUAUCUUGGGUUUGCUAUGGUGGCAAUCUGAUACUAGCACCCCCAAAGGCCUGCAGGAUCAGUCCGGAUUACUCUUUUUCAUGGCAGUCUUCUGGGGAUUUUUCCCUGUCUUCACAGCAAUAUUCACAUUUCCCCAAGAACGAGCAAUGUUAAACAAGGAACGAGCAGUUGACAUGUACAGACUAAGUGCAUACUUCAUUGCUAGGACCACUAGUGACUUACCGCUUGACCUCUUCUUACCCGUAUUGUUCCUUCUUGUCGUGUACUUCAUGACGGGUUUGAGACUAAGUGUGGGUCCUUUCUUCCUGACCAUGCUUACGCUGUUUCUUAGCAUCGUAGCUGCUCAGGGACUCGGACUAGCCAUUGGUGCUACACUGAUGGAUGUAAAGAAGGCAACAACUCUGGCUUCAGUUGCUGUAAUGACCUUCAUGUUGGCGGGUGGGUUCUUCGUGAAGAAAGUUCCAGCAUUUAUAUCAUGGAUUCGCUAUGUUUCUUUCAACUAUCACACUUACAGGCUUCUUAUCAAGGUUCAGUAUGAUCAUAUUACGCCAUCUGUACAUGGAAUGGAACUGGACAGUGGUUUGACUGAAGUCACUGCCAUGGUCACCAUGGUUAUUGGAUAUCGCCUGCUAGCUUAUCUUUCUUUACGGCGAAAUAUGCUCCACUCUGCUUAAGAUUCUGUAAGCAAAACUACAGUAUCAACAGACAGCAGAAGGCAUUCUGUGUUUCAACAUUUCCGCUGGCCGAUAACAUCUUAUGGAUUGUUACUACUAGUUCAGAAAACAAACUCUGGAUAAGAAGAACGAUAACUUGAUAAGUCUCCAAAAUUUCCUGAUCUCGUCAUCAUUGUAACUCAGAGUCUCAUACUACUAUACUAGUGUAGUUGUAGAAGAGUAACCGAGUAAUCUUAUGGUUCCCCUAGAUAUGCUAUAAAUUUUGUGAGUGUAAAGAAACCUGAGGACAAUAUCACUGCUGUCUAAUAGAGCUAAAGAUGGAUCUUCUAUCAUCUAUGUAAUGCAAACAUGAAUUAUUGGAUUCCAGAUGCAACUUGAGAGAAUCACGAAAAGGAUAAGCAACAUAUAUCCUUUGUUCAAAAAAAAAAAAAAAACUCUAAAACAUUAUGCAUAUGUAACCGUGACAAAUAA